UGCAAAAUCAUAGAGGGCAAGAGCUUUUCAAUCUGUCCCAGGCUUGUUUAGCUAACAUCAGACGAAAGCAACGGAACUUUAUGAACAAAAGUACGUGUUUCGUAAUUAUGUACUACUCCACCACUACAGCAACAGGAUGAGCAUGUGUACAGCAAUAGAAUUAUGAACUACUUUCAAUCAUUCAUCUCAUCGUGAGUCGUCCUCUCAAGUUAGGAGUUAUUCAAGGAACCUACGGGGCUUGAACCCAUGGCGGGUACGGUAUUAAGUUCUACGAGUAGACGAUUGUGCGACGGGAUUAAUUAAUGUAUUAUUCAUGAUAAUAAUUAGUAUCUCAAUUAUAAUCAUAGCUUUUAUAGGUUUGUGUUUGAAUGUUAAUUAAGUGUAAUAAGUUUUUCACAUAACUUAUCAUAUUUUAUAUUAUCAAAUAUCGUAGGAUACAGUACAAAACGAUCCAAUGGAAACAUGAGUCAGCUUUCAUCACGUUUUUUUAAGGACCAAGUUCUCGCGGAAAUCUUACCGAGUCUAACAUCUUGAUUGUUUUAGGAAGCUACUCAUCUUUAUCAAAGCAACGAAAUAUGGCCCCUACCAAUAACAAAAGAUCCCCCUUACAAGGCGCCGUUUACCACAUUCGAUUGACGAUGAUCAUUCUUUUCCGGGCAUUCGCAUUGCACCGCCAAGGAAAGUUGCCCCAAUUUGAGUUGAAGAUGGAGGUUCCAGAUGCAGGAAAGUUCGACGACCUGGUGUUUCGCUACACAUCGCCAACGAUACCGGAAGGUACUGUCUACAUACAAGCUAAACAUAAAUAUCCAUCCGAAAAGCCAACGAAAUCGAAAAAAAUACAUCCAAACCAUCCGUACACACCAACGCGAAAAGAGCGACCAGCCAUUACGGAAGGAACGCUGCUCACGAAAUGGAACUCCAAUGGGCCAUUUUCAAUUUCAAAGUACUUCAUUUCGUACCUGGAAGGAUAUGAAAGAUCGACCACAGGUUCGCAUACAUACUUGCUGUGCACUAAUGCAACGAUUGACAACAAAUUGAAACCAAAAUUAACAUUACGGCCACAGGACAGCAGCGAGAUACUUUCCUUUUGCGACGCCAUAGGAGCAACGUGUUACAGCUUCAGCCCUGAGGAACAAUUUCAUGCUCUGACUGAUGCAUUACGGCAAGCAAGUCUAGAAAAGCUAGGACAGAUGCUCGUACUACAUGUUCGUUACGACAAAGAAAUCAAAUCGAAUUAUUCUUCGUUAAACGUAUUCGUCGAUCUGAUUUCUGUGUGUGUCGAGGAACUAGAAGGAGGCACAGGGAAGUUUAAACUAAGCCAACGAUUACUAACUGCAUGUGAGUCAUCACUCUUGGGGAAGUUGCGAGCUGUUCUUAAGAGUCAAUAUGAUAGGCUUAUAAGAGCGAAGCAGUGUGACGAUAGUUGUGUUAGCUGGGAAGAGAUGCAAUUCAUGAUCGAUAAGUCCUUCUUUCAAACCAAGGGUCCUCCGACUUCCACGCACGACGAAUCAUUUUUCUACGAUCAGGUGAAUCGGGUUAUACAGAAAUUUUACAAAGAGUUUAUGCUUGUUUGUGGAUCCUUGAACGGGGACCAGCUACACAACAGUGUUCUAGAAAUAAUGCCACACUGGGUCGACGAUAGAAAGACAGCGCAUAACAUUAUGUUCAUGCGACUGUUUGAUUCGAUGAGCUUGUCCCAGCCUAUUUCUAUGGAUUUAAACUAUUUGAAACAACAGUUUAUCAGUAUGAAAGUGAAUUAUAACUUUUCUAGAUUCCAAAUUGAAUCACAGUGUGACCUUAGUCGAUGGCAAUAUAUGUAUCGAUACAUUGUGGUUCGAUCAGAUCGACUUCAACACACUGAACUGUACGAGUUUCUCAGCGAUGAGUCCGCUUAUGAACGUUACCAAUAUUAUACCACAUUGGAUAUCGUAGUGUAUUCCCUUGUUGCAUCCCAGACUGUUGCAUUGCUUCAAUGCAAUGCAUUAUUCAUACACUAUGCAGCGAGUGAUUUUGAGGAAGAUAUACGUGAUGUACUCCGUGGAUUAUUUGAGUUCUUUGCAGAAGUAGAUCCAAUCUCUUACACCAUUAUAAUGACCAUUGAGCAGUCGAAGAAAUCGAUAUUGCCAGAAAUUCAAAGAUAUGCCAAAGAAUAUAAGAUAAAGUUUAUAGUAAUCGAAGAAGUACUUAAAGCACGCCCGAAUGAAGAAUGUUUCUUCGUACGUGAUCUAACCGAAAAGGCAAGACAAAAGCUGUACGCAAAAUAUUGCACAACAACAUUAAAUCUUUUCGGAACCACGAUAUCGCUGAGUGGUAUUGUAAAUAAUGAUGAUGGCUUAAGCUUCGUGUGUAAGUUCUUGGACAAUUAUUAUGAACUAGAUCACAUUAAAUAUAUUGAAUCGAAGGAACAGAACUUUGAAGCAAUCAAGCCAAGGUAUAUUUCGCGCACCGUUGUUCCAUAUGUUGGAGAAAAUGAAAAAGAUUCAGAAGUAGAGGAGAAUAAUUUUUAUUUCACUUAUUGGGUCGAAUUUCAAAAAAUAUUCCUUGACAAUAUCCGGUUCAGGAGCUAUAAGUUUUCUCAAAUGGUCGCAUCGGUUUCAUCCGCAAAUGAUGAUGUACAAUAUGCCAUUCCAGAUGUUUUCAAGCAGCACGAUGAAACGAAAGUACAUUUGUUACUUGAUGAAGCUGGAGCAGGAAAGUCAACAUAUUUCACAUGGCUUACACAUGCUUUAUCGAUCGAUGACCCUACACAGUAUGUUAUUCAAAUGAAUGCUUCACAGUAUUGCACCGAUUACAAACGAUGGCAAAAAUCUGACAUUAAGCUGCUUGAUGAUAUCGCCAUCGUUCGAUUUCUUUACCGUUUGAUCCAUCUUACCCAUUUUGUUCCAAACGUUUAUAGCUUUUCGAUUGAAUCAACGGAUGUGUUCCGCGACCAAGCUGAUCAUGCUGCAGAGCUAUUGACGUUAGUCAGCGGAACACUUUAUGUCAACACAUGUAAAACAAAAACGUUAGAAUUAACAUUCGCACAGUUGAUCGAGCUGAAGGUUUUCCAGCAGAAGUUCAACCAAAAACAACUGAUUAUCUUAUUCGAUGGGCUUGACGAGACUGCUCCUUUCUAUAAAGAGUUCGUAGUGCAUUUCUUUGGAAGACUUGCAUGUUUGGAUGGUAUUCGAGCUCUGUUCAUCUCAACUAGACCUUACGAUUACAUGGAACAGUUAAAAAGUACAUUUUCUAACUGCAGAAUGCAUUAUCUCAAGCUUUUAUCACAGAACGAUCAGCUGCAGUUUGUUCACAAUUAUUUGAUGCACGAACUAGAAGGUUAUAAACAAUGCGACGCGAGUAAGCGGGAUAAGGUUUUAGGUUACCUUUAUUACGUGAUAGUACAAUAUUUAGGAAAAUUAAAGCGUAUACCUUUAUUUCUUAACAUGGCAUGCAUUAUAAAUCUACCAAUAGUACAAAAAAACAUGAACUUAACGCGCCGUACUAUUCCAGUAGCGAUGUUUUAUAAAACAAAAGUAGAUCUUUUAUCACUUAUCGAAAAUUUCAUCAAUCAAAAACUGAAAAUUUUAUGCAGUCACAAAAAUGGACUACCAGAAUACAUCUUAGACUACCCUCACCAAAAGGCAAUAAACGAUAAGUUUUGGGAUCAAAUUAAAAAACGACACAUUUUAUUAGCCAUGGUGGUAAUAUUUGACCAAAAGCAAAGAAAGGUACUUUUGACAUCAAAUGACGUUAUUAAAUUAAACAGCUUGAUGCAAGAAGUGCGUGAUGGAAUUGAAAAAACAGGAAUCAUCACACAAAUUCAUGAUGAAACUCCUCAAUUUACUCAUCGAAUAUUUGCUGAAUACUUUGCAGCUUGUUGGAUGAACGAUAACAAGAACCGCAUGAAAAACGAGAGUUUCUUCCAUUCGUGGGCAUAUUGGAAUGGUGAAUUGUAUCCAAUGCGUGACUUGUUCAAUCGAAUCGUUCUUAAAGAAAGCAAAGAAAAUGAUCUUCAUAUGGCUGUUGUAAAUCAAUCAUCAACUCAAGUUCGCAAGAUACUGAUAAAUAAUCCAUUAGCUGCAUUGGUGAAAGAUGCUGUUGGCCGAUUGCCUCUUCACUUGGCAGUUACGUACAGAUCAUUGAAAAUAGUAAACUUGUUGCUCGAUAAGAUGUCUAUUAAGUCCAUUAACACAACAGACCAUCUGUUUGGAUGGAGUGCCUUGGAUUACGCAUUCGCCGCACGAUUGAGUAGUAAAGUCCUAAGAGUAUUAUCAGCUGGAGCGACAGUCAACGAACAGAUACUUCUUCAACAGAUACUUUCUAACGUCUUGGGUCAUUUGUUGAUUUUGUUACAUUAUUAUGGAGGAUGGCUUCAGUCAAAUGAAAGCUCCAAACCAAUUUCAAAUCGUCUUUACAUUCGAGUUGUCGAUUAUUUACUCAACGAACAGCACAUUGACAUCUUUUCUCGUCACGAAGAAUUAGAUUCUACAACAGUGCUUGAGUUUUGCAUAACUAAAGAUUUGCUGGAAGUAUUCAAACAGUUUGUAUUGCAAAUCAACGAUCUUUCUAGGAUUUCUGAGCAAGAGUUUAAUCGCUUCUUUGAGCUAGCAUUCGAAAACAAUGCUCACAAAAUAAUAGUUCAUUUUAUCGAAGAUCGUGACAUUCCUCCACCUCAAAUCAACAACAUCGCUGGGCUUAUUUCUGCUCUCAAAUACACCAUACAAAACAACAAGCUUACCUCAUUCAAAGCCAUCUUUCAGCAACUCUGUAUCCAAAAUAACAUUUCUGUGAACGAGGAAACUUAUAUUCCCGAGGACUAUUGUGUUCCAAUCAUUCCACCACUUGACGAGGAUCUAUCUCCUGAGGUAUGUUGUGUACUCUCUUCUAGCAACGUUCGAUUACCGUUGCCUGAAUAUGAUGCAAAAGAUAUCCUGCAUGAUGGAUACGUUCUCGAAGCUCUUCUGGCUUAUUCAGUUCACGAAGGAAACGUCUUCAUGCUCAGAUACAUUCAUCUCAAGACAAAUAUGACCAUCACCAACAGACUCAUCGCAAUGAUCAUGAGAUUACUUCCGAAAGGUACAAACGUUUGCCACAAGAAAUCGAUGCCUGCAUUCAUGUAUCUUCUAGACCAUACAACAGAUCUGGACAGUGUGGAUGAUGAGGGUCGAAAUCUGCUCCACAUGGCUGCUCAAAAUGGUUGCUUCUUCAUGAUGCAUUGUUUGACUUCUAAGGGAUUUGACUCGGCUACAGUAAACGCAUCAAAUGACUGGAAUGUGUUUCAUUACAUUGUUUUGAAUGAGGAAGAGAAUCGCUCUGGUAAAAUCAUGGAGUAUUUGUUGAAACAUUGCAAAAUGGUUUGGUUUGAUUUGUUGGAUAACAUGCUACACAGGAACGACCGUGAGAUGACUGAGAAAUACUCCAAUCAUAUUGCUGGAGCUCAAGACACAACAAAUACGAUCAGGCUCACCAAAAAUCUGUACGGCUUGCUGGCAUGGAUGUUUUUGCUUUACAAACAGGAUAUAGCGAAGGUGUUGAAUGACCUAGACAACCGGGAAGCUUUGGAAUGUAUGAAACUCAUGGUUGAGGGCAAUGAAAAGACUAUGUUCAUCAAAGAAGUUCGAAAUGACAUUCCUCAGUUUACUCAUCGAAUACUUGCUGAGUACUUUGCAGCUUGCUGGAUGAAUGAGAACAAGAACCGCAUGAAAAACGAGAGUUUCUUCCAUUCGUGGGCAUAUUGGAAAGGUGAAUUGUAUCCAAUGCGUGACUUGUUCAAUCGAAUCGUUCUUAAAGAAAGCAAAGAAAAUGAUCUUCAUAUGGCUGUUGUAAAUCAAUCAUCAACUCAAGUUCGCAAGAUACUGAUAAAUAAUCCAUUAGCUGCAUUGGUGAAAGAUGCUGUUGGCCGAUUGCCUCUUCACUUGGCAGUUACGUACAGAUCAUUGAAAAUAGUAAACUUGUUGCUCGAUAAGAUGUCUAUUAAGUCCAUUAACACAACAGACCAUCUGUUUGGAUGGAGUGCCUUGGAUUACGCAUUCGCCGCACGAUUGAGUAGUAAAGUCCUAAGAGUAUUAUCAGCUGGAGCGACAGUCAACGAACAGAUACUUCUUCAACAGAUACUUUCUAACGUCUUGGGUCAUUUGUUGAUUUUGUUACAUUAUUAUGGAGGAUGGCUUCAGUCAAAUGAAAGCUCCAAACCAAUUUCAAAUCGUCUUUACAUUCGAGUUGUCGAUUAUUUACUCAACGAACAGCACAUUGACAUCUUUUCUCGUCACGAAGAAUUAGAUUCUACAACAGUGCUUGAGUUUUGCAUAACUAAAGAUUUGCUGGAAGUAUUCAAACAGUUUGUAUUGCAAAUCAACGAUCUUUCUAGGAUUUCUGAGCAAGAGUUUAAUCGCUUCUUUGAGCUAGCAUUCGAAAACAAUGCUCACAAAAUAAUAGUUCAUUUUAUCGAAGAUCGUGACAUUCCUCCACCUCAAAUCAACAACAUCGCUGGGCUUAUUUCUGCUCUCAAAUACACCAUACAAAACAACAAGCUUACCUCAUUCAAAGCCAUCUUUCAGCAACUCUGUAUCCAAAAUAACAUUUCUGUGAACGAGGAAACUUAUAUUCCCGAGGACUAUUGUGUUCCAAUCAUUCCACCACUUGACGAGGAUCUAUCUCCUGAGGUAUGUUGUGUACUCUCUUCUAGCAACGUUCGAUUACCGUUGCCUGAAUAUGAUGCAAAAGAUAUCCUGCAUGAUGGAUACGUUCUCGAAGCUCUUCUGGCUUAUUCAGUUCACGAAGGAAACGUCUUCAUGCUCAGAUACAUUCAUCUCAAGACAAAUAUGACCAUCACCAACAGACUCAUCGCAAUGAUCAUGAGAUUACUUCCGAAAGGUACAAACGUUUGUCACAAGAAAUCGAUGCCUGCAUUCAUGUAUCUUCUCGACCAUACAAUAGAUCCGGGCAGUGUGGAUGAUGAGGGUCGAAAUCUGCUCCACAUGACUGCUCAAAAUGGUUGUUUCUUCAUGAUCCAUUGUUUGAUUUCUAAGGGAUUUGACCCGGCUAAUGUAAACGCAUCAAAUGGCUGGAAUGUGUUUCAUUACAUUGUUUUGAAUGAGGAAGAGAAUCGUUCGAGUAAAACCUUGGAGUAUUUGUUGAAACAUUGCAAUAUGGUUUGGUUUGAUUUGUUGGAUAACAUGCUACACAGAAACGACCGUGAGAUGACUGAGAACUACUCCAUUCAAAUUGCUGGAGCUCAAGACACAACAAAUGCGAUCAGGCUAACCAAAAACCAAUACGGCUUGCUCGCAUGGAUGUUUUUGCUUGACAAACAGAAUGCAGCCAAGGUGUUGAAUGACCAUGAAAAACAGGAAGCGUUUGAAUGCAUGAAACUCAUUGUUACAUUAUUAUGGAGGAUGGCUUCAGUCAAAUGA